AUGUCGAAAGGAAUCGGUGGAUACGCCCCACCAGGAUGUUUCGUGAGCAACAUGUACAUUGUGAGUCUAGCUGUUGCCGACCUCAUCGUAGGGAUUUUUGUCAUGCCUGUCAGCGCCAUCUACAUCUUCACGGAGGAGUGGAUGUUCGGGGUGGCAAUUUGCCAAAUCUGGAUUGUCAUUGACUACACUGCCAGCACCGCUUCGAUAUUAAAUCUCUUCAUUCUCAGUGUGGAUCGUUACUGGUCAGUUACCUCCCCUUUAAAAUAUCUCAGGAAGCGGACAAAACGGAGGGCGCUGCGGAUGAUAUCAAUCGUAUGGCUAUUAUCAAGUUUAUGGAUUAUUCCUAUAGUAUCUUGGCACCAUAUAGCAAACAAUGGCGUGAGGAGAGUGCAGUCCAAUGUGUGUGACACGGAAUACGCGCACGAUUCUGUAUUCAAAGUUAUAACAGCCUUUUUUAAUUUCUAUCUUCCACUUGCAAUAAUGUAUAGCUUAUACGGGAAAGUGUUUCACGAGAUACGAAAGCGAUCCGCACUGGAACUAGGUCAAAGGUACGCCAGACCAGUAAUAGCAGAUAUGCAAUACAACCCGGAUUCUCCAACUCUAGACAAUAGUAGUGAUGGUAGACUGGAUUCAUAUUCUGAUGAAAACCAUUCUAUAAAAACAGAUUCUAGUAAUUACUCUUCUAUCAAACUCGCACCGAACAAUCUUGUACGUUCUAAGAAAUCUAAAAAGAAUAGAAAAUCAAAACCAUCCAGAUCUAAACGUAAACACUGCAAAAGACGAUGUCUCGAGGAAAAACCUUUCAAUCCAAAGUGCAAGGUAGAAUAUAUUUAUGACGAGAAUGUCUUAGAUCCGAAGACAGAAAAAGUGGAACGUUUUUUUUACCAGGAGCAUAUACCUAUGAGUGCGAAACCUUCUCGAGAAAUUCUUAUAAGUCCCCCUAUAAUAUGUAACGAGCAUUCAAUAUCUUCAGGGGGUACUCCAGUCAGUUCCAGUAGUGAGGAGAGACGGACAUUAGCCUACAAGUCUAAGAAAGACCGACAGAAUUAUAGUUUAAUAAGUGGCUUACGUCAGAUGCGUCAAGCCGAACACAUUAUCGACCAUACCGUGUCCGUCACGCGGGACGGAAAUGGCGUGACGCACAUCCGGAACUCCUCUAAUGGCCGGGCUAGACGUGGGUCAGCAUUGAUGUUCGACGACGAAUCAAACCGCCGCAUGUCGACUACGCUAAAUAUCAAACAUAGAAUAAAAAAUAUCCGACAAAGUUCACUGAAAAAGGAGAUAAAAGCGGCGAGACAGCUGGGAGUUAUAAUGGGCGCGUUUACAUUGUGCUUCCUGCCAUAUUUUAUUUUAUUUUUAGUAAUUGCCUUUUGUCCCAACUGUAUACAUCCCGAUUUAAUGACUGCAAUGACAUGGAUUGGAUAUUUAAACUCAACAUUGAAUCCAGUUCUUUAUCCACUGUGUAAUAUCAACUUCCGCCGGAAGUUCCGUAAGAUGUUAAGGUUAGAUCGUGAACAGAGGCGUAGACGCCAUAAUAUUAGGACGGUGGAAAGGAAUAGUUUCACAAUGAGAUACGACUGACCAAACAUCGAAAUACAUUCAGGAAUUCAUUGCCAUCAUUAUAGUCAUUGUCGUCAUCUAACGUGACUACAUCAUCAUCAUCAUCAUCAUCAUCAUCAUCAUCAUCCUCAUCAUCAUCAUCAUCAUCAUCGUCGUCAUCAUAGAUGCAAAUUUGAUUGAGUGUUAGCUUUAUCUUUAAGUUGCUUUAGUUUACAACGCCUGCACUGAACCAAAUGUUAUUUCAUGGAGUUCUCAUCAAGCGCCAACAAGAGACACGAACAGUGCACGUGCAUGGUGCGUUCCGUGUUUCAAGACAUCAGUGUGGUGACAUAAAUUAUAGACCGGGACACGGGGUGGUUAUCGACAGAUUAAUCUCAUCUGGAAAUGAUCGAUAAUCGAUAAAACGGAAAGGGGAGUAUGUGGUUAAUACCCUAAUCCACGACAUCCCCGUAUAGAUUCUGUUUAACUAAAAGUACUAUAUUUAUUUGAACAUUUAGUUCUAAAUUAAGAACCAGUGAGAAAUAAAAGUGAGUGAGAGUUGAUUAGAGUAACUUCAUUUUCCCUGAUUGCUUUCUUAAUAAUGUAUGUCCAAAACACCGACAUAUUCCGAAAUUUAAUUUUAUGAGUUUGACGUUAUACCAUGAGUUUUUGUAACGCAUACUUCAAACAGAAGUCUCUCAUCUCGAGAUCGAUAAAACGUGUUUUAUGGCUCUAUGACUUGACGUGCUAGUUGAUUAACUUGAACUAAAUUCAUUGUGAAUAUAAAACACUUAAAAUAACGUUUGUGGAGUUAUUACUAAAACAGUUUCAUUAAUAAAGUGAUUAUAAGACGGAACUAAACAAUUAGGGUGACAGAGGCGUGUGUACCGGUAAGUGCUAGAUAAUUACUGGAAUUGUCGAUACUGCUUGUAUCUGAGAUGAAACGUUUAUACUCGCGUUACCACCAGAGUUUGUUUCAAAUAACUUUCAUUUUCAUGCAAGUGUAUUGUUUGACGAAUAUCUACAUGUGAUUAAA